AUGGCCCUCUCCAGGAGCUGUUCUGGCCCCAGCGCCGGCCUGGCCAAGGCAUUGGCUGCUCCUCGCCUCUCCGCCUCCUUCGCCCGUCCCGCCCGCCGCCAGGUUCACGAUGUCGCGAUCACUCGCACCGGCAAGCCCAUCAUCAGGAUACCCGGUGGCAGAUCGUCGCUUGGAGGCCACACCGCAACCGUUUUUGGCGCUACCGGCUUCCUGGGAAGGUAUAUCGUCAACAGACUGGCACGUCAAGGUGUUACCGUUGUCAUUCCUUUCCGUGAGGAGAUGGCCAAGCGUCACCUGAAGGUUGCCGGUGAUCUCGGCAGGGUUGUCUUCAUUGAGUACGACCUGCGCAACACUCAAUCCAUUGAGGAAAGCGUCAGGCACUCGGACAUUGUCUACAACCUCAUUGGCCGUGACUACCCCACCAAGAACUUCGACCUUGAGGAUGUGCACGUCGAGGGUACCCGACGCAUUGCCGACGCCGUUGCGAAGUACGAUGUCGACCGCUACGUUCACGUUUCAACGUACAAUGCCAGCACGAGCUCUCCUUCUGAGUUCUUCCGGACCAAGGCUCGUGGCGAGGAGGUUGCGCGCAACAUCUUCCCUGAGACUACCAUCGUCCGCCCCGCCCCCAUGUUCGGUUACGAAGACCGCCUUCUGAACCGGCUGGCCGGUCCCACCAACGUCAUUACCUCCAACAACAUGCAGGAGCGCUACUGGCCUGUGCACGCCAUCGAUGUCGGCAUGGCGCUCGAGCACAUGCUGCACAACGAUAACACCGCCUCGGAGACUUAUGAGCUGUACGGUCCCACCAACUACAGCACCGCCGAGCUCGCAGAGCUGGUCGACAAGGAAAUCCUCAAGCACCGCCGUCACAUCAACAUUCCCAAGCAGCUGCUCCAGCCUGUCGCUGAGAUCCUCAACAAGGCUUUGUGGUGGCCCAUCACGUCGCGGGAUGAGAUUGAGCGCGAGUUCAUUGACCAGCAAAUCGACCGCACCGCCAAGACCUUCAAGGACCUUGACAUCGAGCCCGUUGAGAUCAAGAGUGUCCUCUACCACUACCUCAAGAGCUACCGCAGCUCCACCUACUACGAUCUCCCGCCUCAGACCGAGCGUGAGAAGCGCGAGGAGCGCAAGUACCUCCACGUCCUGGACGACCAGUGA